CAUGGAGAUCGGUGUGGAGGCAGGCCGGGGACAGAGGAGGGCACGUCAGGCGGAUCAACAAUGAUGAUGGCUCCCUCCGAGCCUACACGUUCCAAUCCACUAAUCCAGGCUCCGCGGGCGACGGCGAGAUGAGGCGCGGCAUCAACCCCCGUCCCCAUUGAUCGAUCGGUAGCUUGCCCACAUCCAUCAUUCGCUUCACCCGCCUGUGCAAGUCUACAGGCACAGCCUCCUCUAUGUGACCGACGGGCUGACGGUGCAUGGAGCUGGGAGACUAGCGCUGUCAUGCCUACACCAGCAGCAGUAGCUGCAUGGAACCUUUGCCGUUCUUGCGUAUAUACACGGCACACCGUGUUGCUGUCGCCACGGGAUCGCCUUUUGCGUUCGGCUUCCGUACUUUACCAGCACGCAGCCCACCACGUCGGCACGUUCCCUUCUCGGCUUUAAGCUCCCGGCCCUUUUCCCUUCCCUUUCCACCUCCGAUCACUUCCCGGCUUGAGCUUGCUUCCUCCACUCACCUGUCAGAGUAUUCCUUCCUUUAUGGUCCUCAACCUCUCAUUGCAUUGCGCUUGCGCCGGCAUGAUCUGAGUCAAGUGCGCGAGGACUGAGCAAGCUCGCUGCUGGUGGUGGUCAAAGAUCGGCGAUGGCGGGCGGCAGCGGCAGCUCGCUGCUGCGUGGCUUCCUGUCGCUCUUCUUCCUCCUCUUCAUCCACAUUGGCCACGCCGGCUGCUGCUUCUCCUCUGGGUCUGCCGCGCGGGCACGGGAGGAGGACGAAGCUGAGGACGCCGACGCCGAUGGGAAAGUGGGCGGCGCCGGAGGUGGGAGCAACAAGAGGAGGAAGAUAUCGCCGUUGAUUUUCUCCCCGGCCGCGUCGUCGUCUGCCGCUACCAACGAUAGUGUCAGAGCCCGGCGCAGGCACGUGUCGUCGGUCGCCGCCAGCCUCCGGUUAUACCUCCACCGCAUCUUCUCUUCAUCCGGGGCCAGGGAUGCCACCGUUGCGGGAAGGGAGGAGGAGGAGGCGGUGACCACCACCGUGUCCUCACCUCUCGCCCGGUCCCUGCCGCCCCAGCCCUCGGCGUCGGUGGUGCUGUCCACGCCGUCGUCGCCGUGCGCGUCGUCUUCUCCGUUCAUGUCGCCGCUCUCAGUGCGCUCCCUCAGCGCCACCCCCGUCCCGUCCUCGCCGCAGAAGCUGCUGCAGGCCAGCAGGCAGUCGUCGCGGUCGUUCGCCGCCCGCGGCGACGUGUUCCCCUGCAAGGUGUGCGGCGAGGUGCUGGCACGGCCGCAGCUGCUGGAGCUCCACCAGGCGAUGAGGCACUCGUUGUCGGAGCUCACCGACCUGGACUCCAGCACGAACAUCAUCCGCAUGAUCUUCCUCGCCGGGUGGAAGCCCGGCGUCGGCGCCGGCGCCGGCGAGGCCCCCAUCGUCGUCCGCCGCGUCCUCAGGAUCCACCACAACCCCCGUGCGCUGGCCCGCUUCGAGGAGUACCGCGACCUCGUCCGCGCGCGCGCCGCCCGGCGCUGCGCCGGCGAGGGCGGCGCCGCCGCCGCCGCCGUGGAGGAGCGGUGCGUCGCGGACGGGAACGAGCGCCUGCGCUUCCACUGCUCCACCAUGCUCUGCUCCCUGGGCGGCGGCGGCGCGUGCGGGAGCCCCUACUGCUGCGUGUGCAGCACCCUGCGGCACGGGUUCGCGGGGAAGCAGGCCGACGUGGACGGCAUCGCCACCUACGCCUCCGCGUGGGCCGCGCACGCCUCCCUCCCCGACGACGUGGAGCGCGAGUUCGCGUUCCUCCAGGUGCGCCGCGCCAUGCUGGUGUGCCGCGUCGUGGCCGGGCGCGUCGGCCGCGGCGCCGACGACGACAAGGUGGCCUACGACUCCAUGGUGCCCGUGCGCGGCGUCGGCGGUGGCAGAGCCACCGGCGGGGACGACGUCGAGCUGCUGGUGUUCAACCCCAGAGCCGUGCUCCCGUGCUUCGUCAUCCUCUACAGCAGCUAGCCAGCAGCCACGACGGCCACGAGGCGGCCAGCCUGCACGCAGUACUAGUGUAUAGCCUUUCACUGUUCACCGGUCUGUGGUCACCGGUCACUCGCCGUGCCGCGGUCGCGUUCGUGGGGAGGCCUCGCGCGCGCUGUCCCGGAGCUCUGGAUCCCUGGUCGGAUCGUGCAAUCAGCAGUGGCCGACGCCGUCGUCUAAUUUGCUGGAUCCGAUCGAGCUUGUGAAUGAUACGGAGUUGAGUGAGCCUACCACGCGAGUGCGACGCGCCAGAACCAUAAUGUUUGAUUGGGUUUUGUAGUAGUGUGGUUGGCAUGUUUCUGUGGCUCUUACUGUUGUUGGUCCCCUGUCAGCUGUUUUGCUACAUGGUCUAGUGGUCUCUGCUCAAUUAUCCUGACUUCUCAUCUUGAUGUUGAUGUGUGUUCAGAUUUGCUUUGUGCCUCUCUGUUGCAUGUACCAUACCUUGUCAUUAGGAGUUUAGGACUUACCUUUUUGACUACUCAAUAGUACGAAGACACCGUUCUCUUGUGUAUUAA